AUGGGACCAAAACAUGUAAAAAAGUGUGCAUCUAAGGGCAAUGACCGUGUGGAUCGUGAACAACAAACGAAAAACCAGUUCGAUUCCCUUCAUUUAGAGGUUAAACAUCCUGGAACAACAAUAUUAUUGUUACAAUGUCCAGAAAAACCGAUACUUUUAGCCGCAGCAGCCGCUCUGGCAAAGUUUGGUAGCAAAUGCCAGGAAAACUUGGAAGUCUUAUUUGAUCUGGAGAUCGUGGAUAGCAUAAUUUCAUUAAUCACACACGAAGAUUUAUUUACUCGAAGAUUUGCUGCAAAACUGUUAGCCGAAAUGGUAGCCAUUCCCAACGUUCGAAAUUUUUUAUUGGACUCCAACACCUAUAUUCCAUAUUUUACUAAGGUUCUUAUUAAUGAAAAGGACAUCUUCAUGCAUGAAUUUUCGUCCUUAAUCCUAGCAGAAAUAUCUAAGGACUUGCUUGGAACAGCACAAUUAUUAACACAGUGUCCGGAUAUGAACUUGUUUGAAAGACUUCAGUCAGUAGAUCCUGAUGUGAAAAGAAAUAUCAUACAAAUUAUAUACAAUUUAUUGCAAGAUCCUUUAGGCGCGAAGAUGAUCAUUGAAACUAAGAAUUUUAAUUUAGAACACGUCUACGAGCUUUUUAAUUCGCCUUAUCCUGAAAUCCAACAAUUUGCACUCGAUGUGGUAACCGAUUUAGUACGAAGAAAUCAAGAUAACCAUUUGCAAAAUCAUUUCCGGCACACGAAUGGUCUUGAAGCGUUGUUAAAAAUUUUAAAUAACAUCGAGUUGGAAGAUCUUCAUGCGGAUGUACUCAAGAUCCUCUGCUACGCUUGUGACAAUCCUAUUACUGUUGAAUUGUUCGAUGAUAUCGGCGGUAUUAAACAAAUAUUAAAAUAUAUAGAAGAUACAUCAAGUUCAAAGCUUUUUAUGGAAGCUCUGGAUGUAGCUAUCCGUUUGUCGUACACGCCUAGGGGUAGAAAAGCACUUUACACGUACGGCAUUAUCAAUUAUUUGUUGCAUACAUUAAUGGGCAAUGUGCAAACUGAUAUGUAUGAAAUAAGUUGUUACGGGAUUGGUAUGAUGACUCUGUAUAGUCAAGCAGCCGAGGAUCUAACUACCAGUGAUUGCAUAAAAAAUGUUUUAGAUGUACUCAAAAACGAGAAUCUGAAAUGGUCUGCCAGACAGGCAGCUUUGUUCGCCUUGAGUCAGUUGUUAAAAUGUGAUAUAAAGAAUUGUCAAGAGUUUUUGAACAUUCAGGGACAGAAUUAUUUAUUGUGGCUAAUGAACCAAACCAUGGGAAAAGUUCCUGUUGAAAUUCUCGUUGAAGGGAUAAAAUGUUUCAUCACAAUUGCAAGAAAGCUGAAUUUGAGACGUAAUAUAAUUACUACGGAUAUAAUCGAGGCUAUGUGUGCAUCCUUCGAAUUAAAUUGCAUAUCAAUGAAUGAUUUCAAAAUUACUUGCUGCAAAGCUUUGUCCAUUAUGUGCGUGGAGAAGAUCGGGAGGCAGGAAUUCCUGAAUGUUAAAGGUCCUCAGAGAUUAUAUAAUUUAUUAUGCAAUGUCAAGGUGAUUCCAAUAAGAAAUGCAGCCGUCCAAUUAAUUCAAGUAUUAUGCGCUGAUCCGAUAUUGGCGGAUGCUUUUGUAUCGUAUGAAAAUGAUAAUUAUAGCAUGCUGAACAAUCGAUCGACCGCGCAAAUCAUUCCUUCAUGGGACAUGUGUAUAGAAGCCUUGUUUAACUCACACUUAUCAAUCAAGUUUGCUUUCACUGGACGACUUUCUUUACACGAUGUUACACGGGAUGGAUUUUACGUGCUUCGAAGAAACGUUUGUGCGUUUCCUAUACUGGAUGAUAUUUUGCGAUUCAAGUUCUGCCCUCUGGAACCCAUUUACGUAGUUAAUUGUAUUCGCGAGGAAACUUUUUAUCAAUUGAAUACGGAAGGUGACCAGCACUACUUAUCUCCCUCAUUGUUAAUUUUUGUUUUUUUAUCUACUGAAAUAAUGAAUUUAACGAUGGAUUCCAAGUUUGGUCGUCUUCAAUGCGAUACUUGUCUCUAUGAUUAUAUAAAAUUAUUUAAAUGUAAAUUAAUCGCCGUAGAGUCAAAAAACGUAGUAUCAAAGACAACACAAGGAUUCGUAAAUGUCAAUUAUGUAGUUUCACGUGCUAAAAUGUUGGCUAAGUUCGUGGUACAACAAAUGUCAGGUCCGGAUCCCCUUAUUAGAUGCAUAGAUCAUCAGCUAGAAAUUCAUUUGAAAGAAAUUAAGAAGAGCAUAGAGACUAGUGUAAUACCACUAGGAAUGUUACGAGUUGGUUCUUAUUUUGAAAGAGCCUUACUCUUCAAAGUGAUCGCCGAUAGGGUACAUCUGCCUGCUGCUUUGGUGCGAGCAGAAUACGGAAAAGCUUGGAUCGAGAUCGCGGUACCAGAAGUAAAGGAUUUUGAAUUUCUAUUUUUCUUUUUCUCAGAAUCAGUAAAAGCCUCAACGGAAGAAGAUACCUUUGAUUCGUAUUUGCACAAAGAUAUCUCCUGUCCAGAAAUUAUCACAGUCUAUGAAUCUGUACAGCAAAAUACCGAUGAAAAUGAAAAUUUAAAUGUAACUCCAGAAGAUCAUUAUUCAUCAAUUUUUCCAACAAAAUUGCUAAAACCGAAUUUCAUUGUUGAUCUAAUGGAAUCUCCGGGAGACUUGAUUCCAAUCGACAGUCACCGAGCCAGAUUAUACUGUGAAAAGAGACUAGUCUGUGAUAUUGUGUGUUAGAAUUGAUGAAUCACAAAAUCUAUUUCUUUCGAAUACAUAAAUUAUAAAAUCAUAGUCUAAUUUUACUCUCACUCACACUCUCAUUUUCU